AUGACUUCGUGCAAGGUGGAGAUUUUGGGCGAUCGUGGUGUCGGAAAAACGACCCUUAUCAAUCAGCUUUGUUAUGAUCGCUUUCUCGAAUGCCACACUCCUACGAUACAAGACUCAUACCUCAAACAAUUUCAUGUCGGCGAAAGUGUAUACAUGCUCGAAAUGCUGGAGACUGGCCACGAAUUUAAUGACCAAUGGAUCCACACUGGUGACUGUGUGGUCUUUGUCUACAGUGUCACCUCACGCGAAUCGUUCCUGGAAAUUUCCAAGCUAUACGACCAAAUGCAAUUUGCCAAGUCUGCCUGUUCCUAUAAUCCCACGGAGACCGACUUAUCAGAUUCAUUAUCUUCUGUGUCGCUUCCAGUCUCUGUUCCAAUACUCUUACUUGGGAACAAAAGCGACAAGAGAAAAGAUCGGGUUGUCUCUGUUGAAGAAGGCCGGAACCUUGCCAGAGAAAUUGGAUGCGGCUUUUUUGAGACAUCUGCAAAAACAAUGACUAAUGUUGUGAAAGCUUUUUCCGGUGUGGUUGAUUCGUGCCGUCAAGAGCAAUGCCAACGGGCCAUCAAGGAAAUGAGAAUUGGUUCAUUCUCCCCCGCCCGUGGGCAAGAAAGAGGCCUCAGCUGGAAAGCAUGGCUAUUACCUGGUCGAAUUAUGAAGGGCGGGGAUCGGGAAUAUCGAUUAAGAAAGUUCUGCUCUUCUCGGUGA